AUGCACCUUCGCUUACCCCGCGUCCCUUCGGUUGCGCAACUUGCUCACCAGGUCCACGACAUCAUGAAGCACUUCAAACAUGAAAAGGAGUCCGAGGCUCAUCAGAUCUUUCGUGAACGAGCCGGUCACAAACCAAAGGGAAUCGUGCCCGACACUGUCAAUCCUGACGAGGAAACCGUACCUGGGAUAGAGCACCCAGGCAGCACUGGUGUCAUAUACUGCUCCGAUCGUGCUAUGGCUAAUGGCUUCAGCUAUCACAAUGCUUCCGAAUGGGCCAAUCUCGGUCAAGGAGCCCCAGAAGUUGGACCGAUCCCAAAUGCCCCCGAUCGCCCAGAGUCCGUUUCGCUGCCUCCUACCACAGGCGUCAGGGCUCUGCGGGAAAUGUACCGUCAGGGAAAAGCUAGUCAAUAUACGUAUGAAAACGUUUGCAUCGUCCCUGGUGGUCGUUCUGGGCUGUCCAGAGUCGCCGCCGUCGUUUCAGAUGUCUACUGUUCAUACCAAAUUCCCGAUUAUACUGCGUAUGACCAAGUCCUUAGUGCAUUCAAGCGUCUCGUUCCCGUACCCACAGCGUGUCAUAAAUACCGCCUCGAUAUCGAGCAGACUAAGAGAGAUAUACAAACUCAAGGCCUUUCCGUCAUCAUCGCAUCGAACCCACGUAACCCUACGGGUCAAGUUAUAGCUGGGAAGGACCUCAAGGAGCUGGUCUCCCUGAGCAGAGAAAGCACGACGCUUAUUCUUGAUGAAUUCUAUUCCUGGUACAUCUACCACGACCACGAUAAGGACGUUGGCAAAUCUGUUUCCUCGGCGGAAUAUAUCGAAGACGUGAACGCAGACUCCGUCGUUAUCAUCGACGGUCUCACUAAGAACUGGCGGCUUCCCGGCUGGCGAGUAUGCUGGGUCAUCGGACCCAAAAAUCUGAUUACUGCCCUGUCGCAGUCUGGUUCAUUCCUGGAUGGCGGCGCUAAUCACCCGUUGCAGCUCGCGGCCAUUCCAAUCCUGGAACCCGCCCGCGUUGCAGCAGAGAAGCUCGCACUUCAAAGACACUUCAAGAUGAAACGUGAUCAUGUUCUCAAGCGCUUGCGUGAGAUGCAUCUCGACGUAGACAUACCUCCUCAAGCUACAUUUUACAUCUGGCUCAAUCUCGAGAAAUUGCCUGCUCCCAUAAACAACGGCUUGACAUUCUUCGAGGAACUCCUCAAGGAGAAGACCAUCGUCAUACCCGGCAUUUUCUUUGAUAUCAACCCUUCGCAUAGGAGAAAUCUCUUUAACUCCCCUUGUCACCACUUUGUCCGUUUGUCAUUCGGGCCUCCUUUGGAGGAACUUGAUAGAGGUCUUGAUGCCAUCGAAAAGGUGGUUAAAAUUGCGCGUAAAGAGGGCACGAAGAGGUUUGGUCAUAGUUACAAGAAGAGUCUCGAUAGCGCUAGUGAUCACCAAGUUUGA